UUAAGUCAAACUUUGGGAAGAACGUUGACUCCAAUCUGUGCAAAAUAUACAGAAUCUGACGAUACUAAUCAAAACACCUAAAUGUAAAGUUCUUACCUCAUAUAGCUGGCGCUUAUGCUGAGAAACAUCUUUGGCGAAGAAGAAUUGUAUUAGUAGGUAGAGAACACUCACAAUUGCCAGGAUAAACAAGACAUGAACUUUUCGCAUUUUUAUUUUUUUUCAAAAAUUCGGAAUAUUUUUAUUUCCUUCACAUCUGGACAAGUCAUUUGUAAGUAUUUGGCCUAAUAAUUGUCUUGAAGUCCUCUAAUCACUUCCACUUUUACUGUUUGAUCGCAAUGCGAACCCAUACUGCGGUAAAGCCAAGAUAUACUUGACUAAAAAUCAAAAGUAAUGGGCGCUGACAUUUUGUAAGUCUAUAUGUCAAACUAUUGUUGUCAAACUAGCUGUCAAACCAUCUGAUGAAAAAAGUCACAAAAAAGGUAUCAAUCAAUCAUAUCAGACAUAAAAUAAUAGAAGUAGUAAUAAAAUUGUUGACAUAGUAUUUGAAACUCUUUACUUUCAAUUUGUUCAAUAUUAUGGAUGUAUUAUAUUGAUUUCGUUUUUUCCUAAAUUUGGCAUCAGGAACCGGAAACUGCUGGCAUGGCAGAAAAAAGAUACUCCGAUGCAAUUCGGAUUGUUUUACUGUGUUUAGCGUGGUAUGCUGUAAGUUCAGCUAACAAUGUUGUGGGGAAAGUACUACUUAGUGAUUUUCCGUAUCCUAUGACAGUUUCAAUGGUACAAUUAUUCUCAAUAUCUUUAUAUUUGAUACCACUUUUAAAAAUUAGAGACGUUCCAAAAUGCAACCUGAGUUGGAGGUAUUACUUUACAAUGAUAGGGCCCCUGGCCUUCGGGAAGUUCUUCUCAUCAGUUUCAGCACACAUAAGUCUCUGGAAAGUACCAGUUUCAUAUGCUCAUACAGUGAAAGCCACAAUGCCAUUGUUUACAGUAUUGUUAGCCAGAAUAAUUCUCGGUGAAAAACAAACAACUAAAGUAUAUUUAUCAUUGGUGCCAAUUAUAGGUGGUGUUGCCAUAGCUACCAUAACAGAGCUAUCGUUCAAUGUGACAGGUUUAGUUAGCGCUCUCGUUGCAACAUUGGGAUUUGCUGUCUUAAAUAUAUUUUCAAAAAAGUGUUUACGAGAAACAGGUAUUCAUCAUUUACGUUUACUAGUCAUCCUUGCUCGUCUGGCUACACUUAUGGCCCUCCCUGUGUGGCUGCUGUAUGAUGUCACUAGGAUAUGGGAUGAUUCACCCAUGCUCCACAGUACGCAUGCACCAAGGAUAUUAGCCUUAUUGAUAAUAGAUGGUGCAUGUAACUUUGGUCAAAAUGUUGUUGCAUUUACUGUGAUCGCCAUGGUAACACCACUCAGUUAUGCUGUUGCCAAUGCAACCAAGAGGAUCGCUAUAAUCUCAGUCUCACUCAUGAUGCUCAGAAAUCCAGUGACAAUAUACAAUGUACUUGGAAUGUUGACUGCUAUAACAGGAGUAUUAUUGUACAAUAAGACCAAGUAUGAUCAGAACCAAACACUGAAGAAACAGGCUAUCCUUCCUUAUGUCCGCACUGAUACUAACCUAGAACGUCAUCAUGUGACCUUUCAAACUAAUAGUAUAUUACACCCUUCUGCCUCUUCUUACGAUAUGGAAGACUAUUUUAAAAUAGUUCCGCAGAAUGACGAAUUCCAAGGGGAACAUAUUCAUGUACCAAAUGGAACUCCUAGGAUAUACUAGAGCUGAUGGUAACUGAAGAUUACAUAGUAGAACUAGCAGAGCUUAUACUUGCCUGUUGAAAAUGCUGAAUGUGCAGUAUUAUUAACUUUUGUGGACCAUUUUAACUGAACCAUUAAGAUCUGUGAUAAUACAUUAACAUUAAAAAGAAAAUGGUGUUCAAUGCAAUGCAGAACAGACGUCCUAUAAUGGAUAAAAAUGGACCAACUGUUUUGAGCUGUUGAAUAUUUUUCUUGCUUACAUUGUAGUAAGUGUAUGUGUAAUAUAUAGCAUUUAGGGCUAGUUUAUCACUUAUCUAAUUUAUUCUGUUUAGCUAGUAAAGUCAAUAGGAAUACUUAUUACAAAAUGAUCAAAAAGUAGCCUACCCUAACUCUUUUAAACAAGUUUCAUUGAGACAACUCUCUGUCUCAUAUACACAUGGACGUUUCCUACAGUAUGUUUAAUGAACAGCUUCUAUAC